AUGGAUAGCUCAGGUGUAGGCAGGCUGGCCUGGGCGCCAUCUGACGGCCGCCUCCUGUCUCGUCUAGUGCUUUCCAAACGCGCACCAGUCUGGCCCAGGGCGCUCGCUUUCACGUGCAGGCCGCAGCGCACAAGGCACCCGCCGUGCAGCUCUGGAAGUUGCCAUUGUAUUGGGUGCUGCAUAGUAAAACGCCAUAUGUUAAGGCCCAAAAUAAAACUUGGCCGGUAUUUGUUGACGCUAACUGACAUGACAAACGUUCAAAGGCUCCGUUGCCAACCAAUAUAUCUCAGUUCCAAGCAGCGUCCCACAUCUCGAGCCUGUUCGUGUCCGGCACAUCGUCCAUCAGCCCAGUCGGCAGCGUCAGCCUACAUACCCAGCACCGGCACCCGCUCGCUAUUUUGGGUAAGCCCGCGUGUUGGCGGUGCUGUUUUGGACGCAAAGGGGCGAUGGGCUACUCAGAAAACAAUGGGGCACCUUCCAGCGAAUACGGGGUGGGAGCAAAUCCUCGCACCUGAUGGGCAGGAAUGGGUCCCCUGGCACGCCACCCUGUUCGUGCCCCUGUGA